AUGUCAGAUUCGAACACAACCGACUUCACCAACCCCUCCACCUUCAUCCUACUUGGCAUUCCUGGCCUAGAGGCAGCCCAUAUCUGGAUCUCCAUUCCCUUUUUUGCUAUGUACACCAUAGCUGUGUUGGGGAACUUCACUAUCCUGUUCAUCGUGAAGAAGGAGCCGAGCCUCCAUGGGCCCAUGUUCUAUUUCCUCUCCAUGCUGGCCAUCACUGACCUGGUCAUGUCCACAUCCACCCUACCGAAAAUGCUGAGCAUUUUCUGGUUCAAUUCCAGGGAGAUCAGUUUCAGUGCCUGCCUCACUCAGAUGUACUUCGUUCACUGCUUCUCAUCAAUGGAGUCUGGAGUCCUCGUGGCCAUGGCUUUUGAUCGCUAUGUGGCCAUCUGCCAUCCCCUGAGACAUUCCACCAUCCUGACAAACUCUGUUGUGGCUAAGAUAGUCCUGGCUGUGGUGCUGCGUAGUGGCAUACUCGCAUUGCCCUAUCCCUUAUUGGUCAGGUGGUGGCCAAAUUGCAGAACCAACAUAAUCCCCCACUAUUAUUGUGGGCAUAUAGCUGUGGUGAAGCUGGCCUGCGCUGACAUCCGCAUCAGUAGUUACUAUGGGCUGUUUCAUCUUCUCUCUGUGAUCGGAAUGGAUGUGUUUUUUAUCACCGUGUCCUAUACUCAGAUCCUCCGGGCCAUCUUCCGCCUCCCCACAAAGGAUGCUCAGCUCAAAACUUUUGGGACCUGCAUCUCUCAUCUUUGUGCCAUCUCAGCUUUAUACAUCCCAGAUUUAUUCUCUUCUCUUAUUCAGCGGUUUGGUCACAAUGUGUCACUACAUUUCCUCAUUCUUAUUACCAGUGUGUACCAGCUGGUGCCCCCCAUUAUACACCCCAUCAUUUAUGGAGUGAGGACCAAGCAUAUCCGGGGCAGGGUGCUCCAGCUCUUUACUCAUAAAGAGACCUAA